AUGCUGAACCCCAUAACAGCAACAACACACCUCCUGGGCCUGCUGGUCCUCUGGCCCCAGGCCGCCAGCUCCCAGGGCGUAACCAAAAUCCCGCAACCCGGGGGCUACGGCUUGCUCGAGUGCCUGGCCAAGCCGCAGAGCAAAUUGACCUCGGGCGUAGAGAUCUACCCGGCGGGUGACGUCGUGACCAUGGAACUCACAGGCGACUACCUACGCGCGACCGGCACUGUCGAGGGUGGCCUGUACCUCGGCUACAUGAUGCGCGAGGGCUACACGAAGAUCUUGCGCACCUAUAAGUCGACUGAUGGUGCGGCGUCAUGGCAGAGGCUGGGGGAUGUGGCGCGCCGUGACAACCGCACCGGUGAGCUGCAUAACGCGACGCCGCUUCUGCUCCCUGUUGGAUUCCCCGGGACAACCAACAGCUCGGAUGAAGACGCGCCAGCACAGGGGGGCGAGCAGCAGCAGACUCAAGGCAGGAUCCUCUACGCCUACCGGAACCAUGACAGGUCCCUUGACAACCCCAACGGCAUAUUUGAUAACUACACCUACUACCGCCUCACUGUAUCCGCAUCUGAUGAUGGCGGAAACACCUGGUCAUUCCUGAGCGAUAUUGAGGCCCUGCCUGCCAAUAAAGGGGGUGCAUUCCUUAAUGGGAUAUGGGAGCCAUACCUACGGAUCAAAUCCGACAACACUACACUACAGGUAUUCAUUUCACUAUUCAUGUUGAUUCUUUCGAGCUCCUAUACUAAACUGGCACAGGUAUACUACUCAGCUGAAAACAAUGCUACCGAUCAGGACACCAUCAUGCGGGAGUCAAAAGAUGGGGGCAAGACAUGGGGUAAACGGAACGUUGUCACAGGCGGGGACAGGAUCAGAAGUCGUGACGGGAUGACCAGCGUUGCCAGGCUCGGACCCGGAAACGGAAGGGAUGGGGACAACCCCAACUUAAUCCUGUUCUUUGAGACAAAUGAGUCGGGUCGCUUUGACCUACGGCGUGUUCUCUCUGACGACGACGGGAAGACGUGGCGCCAGGAAACUAGAGCAAGGGUAUACGACCCGGUCGAUGAGGAGCGUCAAGCUUCUGCACCAUCUAACAUAAUCAACGUCGGGGGUGUGCUCGUUGCCGGCUUUAACACAAACGAGAAGUCUAUUACCGACACAGCCAUCCCUGGCAAUUUCCUAGUCGUCGUUAGUACGGAUAACGGGCAGACUUGGAGUGAGGGGUUUCUUAUUGCACCCGGGGCUAGCUGGCCUGGGUUGUACACGCUUGGGGAUGAUCGUUUUUUGGCCACGUACAGUUAUGAUUCGCCUUUGGGCGAGCUCGUGGCUGCUACUCGGGUCUUCACGUUGCGGACGAAUGGAACGGUGCCUCCCCUGGCGUCGAACAAGAGUGACAGUGAUAGAAUCACUUGCGGCAACUGGAUAGCCGUCUUCUUGGGACUGGCGACGCUGCAUUACUUUGUUCACCUAUGA